AUGACCGGCCGCGGCGGAGGAGAGGGCCGCCGAACAAACAUGCGCAGCAACAGCAACAACAUCAUCAUCAACCCCAACAGCAACUCCCUCAACAGCAUGGGAGUACAUCCGGCGCAGCCAGCCAACAGAGCCCCCGCCGCCGUAGCAGCAGCAAACGCGUCAGCAGCAGCAUCCUCAGCCCCGGACCUACGCGCCCUCGUCGGCGCGCCGAGUCCCAACACGGGGCCCUACGGCAACUGGCUCGCCCUCUUCGCGCCGGAGGCCCUCGUCCACCGGAUCCUGCACGACUGGUUCGAGAAGGUCCACUCCCUCGCCCCCGUCCUGCACCGCCGGCGCUUCAUGCACCGCCUCAAGACGGGCGAGGCCGGGACCGACCGCACCUUCUGCGCCCUCGUCGUGAGCGUGUGCGCCGCGACCGUGGCGACCCUCCGGCGCGCCGACUACAGCCCCGUCACGGUCGAGGGCUGUCUCGACUUCAUCGAGGACCACCACCUGCUCGACCACGGCAUCCGGAAACCGGCCUACUCGCUCGACUGGUGCAUCGCCAUGUACAACAUCGGCACAUCGGCGAGCUCCAUGAACGAGAACGGCCUCGGCGACAUGGGUUCGUUCCAUGGUAUGUCCGAGGCCGCUGCGGGGACAAGGUUCCUCGCGUACUACCGCCUCGCCGACCUGGAUAUGUCCGAGCAGCAGCUGCUCAAGCGGCUCUUCUGGCUGAUCUUUGCGGCAUAUUGCAGCGCAGACAUAUUCGGGAGAUUAUCCGUCUCCAUAGUCUCCCACCAAGAAAACCGCCUUCACCUCAGACCCGUCCCCCUGACCGACUCUCAACUCGACACCGGCCCGCAGCUCUCGCCCGGCGAGCUGCCGCCGUGGCACGGCGACUCGACAUCCUACGUCCCCGGGCUGAAUCACCUCAGCGACCUCUUCCUGAUCUGGCACGAGGCCCAGACGGCGCCGGUGAGUAUCUACGGCGGGCAGGAAGAGGCGCUCAAGCACUACAUGAACCGCAUCCAGAACAUCAUCGACAGCUUCCCGCCGGAACUGCGCUGGCGCGGCGGCCUCUCGCGUCCGGGUCACAUCACGGAGGGCCACGACACGCAGAUCGCCAACCUCUUCAUCACGAGCCUCAACAUCCGCUCGAACCUGCUGCAGAAGUUCGGAUCCACGGACAAGACGCGCGCCUACGAGCACCAGCGCAUCGUGGACGACCUGCUGGAGAUCCUGUACCACAUGCCGCAGCACGUCCUCGAGCAGAACGGAAACAGCCUGAUCCCCAAGUUGAGAGACUGCGGGGCGGCGUACAUGGAACAGAUGAACAUCGGAGACAGCAGCAGCGGUGGGCCCGAGACGCUGGUGAGCGAGAGCGCCAGGCUCAAGUUGGAGAGGUUGCUGCGGAAGUUGGAUGACAUUGAUUGUUGGCCGGGACUCCCUGGUGUAGAGAGCCCGCAGAGCAAUAGAUGA